CUCGGCGACAGCCAUCUUCGGACAAGCCUCAAUCGAGGUCCUGCUGGCAAAUCCAUGGCGGGAACUUCUACGAGGGAAUCAGGAUCCCAGACAUGGGCAAUGGAGCUGGGAUGGAAAGCGGCUGAUUCGCCUCGCGAUCGUGAAUCAGUGGCAUUGAAGUUUUUGCGAAAUGACCUGGAGCUUCCCGCGACAGACUGGAUGAAAGCUGCAAACAUCAUAAUGCUAUCUCAAUACUCAACGUAUGAGAAGAUGGGCCGGUAUCCAGAACUAAGGAGCGUAACCACAGCGCCCGAUGUAUCUUUCGCAGACCGCCAAACAGACCACAUCUGCUCCUCGGGCAUCCCGAACUGCGCCGUGUCUCUUGUCCAUACCCGACUACAGUACACUGAGCGCGCUCCCAUCUCUUUCAUGGCCUCUCCCCAUCGUCCAGCUCUUUCUUUGGCCUUUGCGCUCAGCGCGGAAGCUCAGGCGCAGUCCCGCGCAUCAUGAUAGCGCGGAUGGCUGAGACCUUAUGUUCGGUCGUUUGAUUGCACAUGGCCAGUGUGACAGCGCACUUGUUCCCAUCCGAGACUUGUACCAUCGUAUGGGCCACGCGAAGCAUCGUGCGUUAC